AUGUCCUCCAACAUCAGCUGUCCAGACGCUUCUACCCUACCCACAUUCGACGACCUGUCCGGCUUGCCCAGGAAUGUUAGCGUUGGCUUCGUGCCCGUCGGCAGAAACGGUUCGCACGAGGCGAUGAGUAGCUGCUGUUCGCCCGAGGCCGUCAAUGUCGCUAGCGACUGCUACUACUGGUGCGAACUACCAACGGAUGGCCUCAACGGCUUUGCCUCGUGUCUCGUCCGUCGUGGGAUGGCGAAAGGGAUCGUCGGUGUGCAUGCGAGCAGUGCCGCCAGCUCGACAACUGGGCGAAACUUGACGGGACUCAUACUGUGGGCGUUGUUUGUCACAAGCGCGCUGCGCCUGUAA